CCUCAGGGUUAUUUCUGUCCAGGCGGCAGCACUGUGGUCUGUGCCGCAAGCGUGAGGAGGUGUCUAGCAGGAGUGGGCUGGCUCUGGCCAACGCCUCCUGCUCCAGAGCAAGCCGGGCCACCAUCCUCUCGCCAUGGACUCCCGAACACGCGGGGCGCUGAGCUUACUGCUCCUACUGUUGGCGCCGCUGAGCCUCCCAGCCACGGGUUGCCCCGCGCCAUGUAGCUGCGCAGGGACACUCGUGGACUGCGGGCGACGCGGGCUGACGUGGGCCUCACUGCCCGCCGCCUUCCCGCCUGACACCACGGAACUGGUGCUGACGGGCAACAACCUGACGGCACUGCCACCGGGGCUACUGGAUGCGCUGCCAGCGCUGCGCGCGGCGUACCUAAGCGCCAACCCCUGGCGCUGCGACUGUAACCUCGUGCCGCUGCGCGCCUGGUUGGCUGGUCGCCCGGAGCGCGCGCCCUACCGCGACCUGCGCUGCUCCUCGCCCGCUGCACUGCGCGGCCGCCUUCUACCCUACCUGACUGAGAACGAGCUGCGGGCCGCCUGCGUGCGGGGUCGGCUCUGUUGGGGUGCGCUGGCGGCUCAGCUCUCGCUACUUGUCCUCGGGCUGCUACACGCGCUGCUGCUGGCGCUGCUACUGUGCCGCCUGCGGAGGCUACGAGCCCGAGCCCGCGCCCGUUCAGCGCACGGGUUAUCGCUAACUACCCCACUGGUAACCGAACCCGCUGGAGCUGGUACGUCCUGAGAGAAGCGGACCAACGCCCAGCAACGCAGGUCUGCAAACUGGACAGGACGCUGUGCAAGGAUCCCUCUCCCUAACUGGGAUCCGCCUCGUCCUUCUCCCCUGCCCGAUCUCCCAAACCUACGGGCAGGUAAGCCCAGUUCUAUGUGGGUUGGAAAUGUUGCCCACACCAAGUAAGGAGACCCUGCGCCUUCCACGCUUAGGAAGAUGAAGGGGCCUCUCUGCAGUUCAAACACUGUGGAGUCUUCCCAAACUCCAUG